AUGCCGCGACGUAGUGCUGGCUUCGUAGCGAAGCGACCACACAAGAAGUCAAGAGUAGGCUGCUUUACCUGUAAGAAGAAGAAAGUGAAGUGCGACGAAGGACAACCCUCCUGCGCGUACUGCACCCUGAGAAAGCUGGAAUGCGUAUACCCACUAGAUGUUCAGAGCGAAACCACACCAUCGUCAGACACUUCCCCAAACUUCGAAGAUGAGCUGUUCGACGAGCUUUUCGACUUCAACGAGCCCAUAGAGACGCCAAUGUGGCUCAUGCCAGCUGUCAAUACAUCUUCUGGCCAACUCAACACCAGCGAACUAAAGUAUCUGCACCACUACAUGACUAACGUCUGGUCAUCGAUGAGCCUUCAGAAAAGCGACCAAGUCGCCAUUAUCAACCGCGACUGGGUUCCCCGAUCCUGCAUCGCCUCAGAGCACAUGCUCUAUUCCAUCCUUAGCAUCUCAGCCAUGCACCUGCACGGGCACUCAUCUCAGAAGAACCCAGAAGAUCAGACUCUGUCACUAGCAUACCGCCAACGCGCCUUCUCCUCAUACAACAAACAACUCGCUAAUAUCACCACGGAAAACUACGAAUCCCUCCUCAUCACCUCAAUGUGGAUGAUGAUCAUGGUGUCUCCUCCAACCCUUCCCUGCACCGACGAAACAUGUCUAUCAUGGGCGUCUUCGAUGUUUACCAUGAUGCAAGGGCUGCGUAUCCUUGCAUCACUGAGAUGGGCCUCCGGCAUAGAAAACCUAACUAUCUACCCGCUCUUCCGCAGGGAGCUAAAGAAGCUACCUCCGCCCCCAAUGCUGACGCCCCUGCCAGAUUGGUUCUUUUACAGCGGCAAACGGCAAGAUGCGGAAUGGCACCACCCAAACUCCCCAAACGAUACUUAUUCCGAGCCUACACCUUCGUCCUCACGCUCGUCAUCCGCUUCAGCCUCGGGUUCGCCAAAAAGCGCAGGCGUCCACAUCGACACCUCGAAACUCGCCCACCGCCCGCAGCAGCUCAUGAAUGCCGGCACCUCCCCACAUGCGCCCAAGUCGUGGAAAGCAAAGUCGGACACGUGGGAAAUUCCUGCCCCGGCCUUCCUCCCACCACCCCUCAUGGCCCUCCUCCAGCGCCUCGUCGGUACGUACUGCCGCUCCCUAACUCAGUCCUUCUAUCCUCAUCUCUUCCUGAAGCUUCCAUCCCUCAGCCAACAGUCAAGAAAACCACUCCUACUUAUACCCCACCUCCUGAAGAGUAUACACUGA